GACGGCGGUGGUUACACUACACAGUUCUUAAGCUAAAUUUCUUGCGACGCAGCUAAAUUAAGCAAACAGACAAGAAACGUUUUAAUUCUCUGCUUCUCGAGGGAGAGUGUGUGCAACAAAAUGAUACAACGUCCUGGAAGAUUCAACUAGUCAGAGCUUGCAAGGAGCAGGAGCAGAAGUAUUUCAGGUCUUUGGUCUAAAUGCCUGCAGGCAGAGUGUUUCAGUUGACGAGCAUGCACAAGAAACACUUAAUACAUCAUCUCGUUUGCUAUUGCAGAGGUUUAAAGGGCUGGAGAAGGAAAGUACAGGAGUCUGUUCCAGUGGCUGUUUCAGUGCCAAGAUGUCAGGUGUAAACUUUUCAGACAACAACAGCAUCUGCCCAUCAAUUGAUGACUUCCGUAACAAGAUCUACUCCACUGUCUACUCCCUGAUUACCGUCUUCGGCUUUGUAGGAAAUGGCUUUGCUCUGUAUGUCCUCAUCAAGACCUUCCGAAAGAGAUCUACCUUCCACAUCUACAUGCUGAACCUGGCCGUCUCUGACCUGCUGUGUUGCCUAACUCUACCCUUGCGUGUUGUCUACUAUGUAAACAGGGGCCACUGGUCCUUUGGUGACUUCCUGUGCCGCGUCAGUUCCUACACCCUCUACGUUAACCUCUACUGCAGCAUCUUCUUUAUGAUGGCAAUGAGCUGCACCCGCUUCAUAGCUAUCGUAUUCCCAGUGCAGAACCUGAAGCUGGUGAGUGAGAGGAAGGCCAGCAUCAUCUGUGCGUGCAUCUGGAUCUUUAUCUGCACGACCAGCUCCCCGUUCCUUAUGACUGGCACUAAGGAAGAAGGAAACAAAACCAAGUGCUUUGAGCCUCCUAGUGGUAAUGACACCCAUAAACUGGUGAUCCUCAACUACUUUUCCCUGGUGGUGGGGUUCAGCAUCCCCUUCUUGGUCAUCCUGAUCUGUUACACAGGGAUGAUCUGGACCCUGAUGGUCAACUCAGGCAGCAUGAAGAAGCAAAGGAACAUGCAGUCAAAGGCCAUCCGAAUGAUCUGCAUUGUCAUGGCAGCCUUCCUCAUCAGCUUCAUGCCCUACCACAUCCAGCGCACCUUGCACCUGCAUUUCCUGAUGAAGAAAGGAAGCUCCUGCGAUGAUAUUGUCUACAUGCAGAAGUCGGUGGUUAUCACCCUAUGCCUGGCCGCUGGCAACUCUUGCUUUGACCCCAUGCUCUACUUCUUCUCCGGAGACAACUUCCGUCGGAGGCUCUCCAGUUUCCAGAAGCCCUCUGUCAGCACAAAUUUCACAGAGAAGAAGAAGAAGAAGAAGACCUGCACUGUCAAUGAAAUAAACGUGGAGAGCCACAAACGAGAGGAAGAGUCAUUAAGGGGCAAUGAUGAGAAGGUGGUUAUUGCUGGUGACUAGCCUUUCUCCUCAGUGGAGAAACAGGAUGUCUAGUAGCACGUUACAUAAGUAAUGGGAAGAUGUUUUUUUCCUCUUUAGGACUAUGGUUGGGUUUUUUUUUUUUUUUUUUUUACUGUGAAUAAUUUAGGAGGGGUGGUCUAAAAAAUAAACUUGGAAUAGGAUAACCUAGGUAGUGGCAUGUCUGACUUGUCAGACAUGCUGAAUGUAAUCAAAGGAAUUGUGGCUACGUUCCAGUGAUGAGGGACUUCGAAAGGACGUUAUUGCUCAGGAUUUGAAUACCUAGUCCAGUCUACUCUAUAACUUGUUGGGUGUGUCAUUUCGCCUUUAAUCCCAUUUGGAAUAAGAAGCACCCACACUUUGAACCAGGUGAGGACUGCUCAGUUAAGUAAUUUAAAUUAGCAGCCCUGAACACAACCUGCCGCAGAUUGUAACCUAGUUGUAAGCCUUGAUAAAUCAUGGGUGAAUGGUGCAAGUGAGUUGGGUUGGGGCUGCUAAAUCACUCACAUGGUUGGAAUUCACAGAAUUCUGCGCAGCCCAAUCCAUUUACUUUCCAUUUGCUGUGACUGUUAGACUCACCACUGAUUAAACCUGUUGCAGAUGUAAAUGUACUGCUUUGUAAUGAACAAGUCAAUCCCAAAAGCUGCAAGAAGAUCAUUUUAGUG